GGAGCUUUAUUACAGUGACACAACCUAAAGCUACGUCACAAACGUCAAUGGCGGACAAAAUAGAGUUGGUGAAGGGAAUAUCCUUUAUGGAUCAUUUUAAAGGCUUUCUGGUGGCAUAUUUUAUGCCAGAAUCAUGCUACGACGAGUUUUUUCUGAAAUUUAACCUUCUGGACGUGCCCUGUCUGAAGGUUGUGCUGAGCAAGGCCCUGGGGAUCGGCAUCAUACUGGGAUCAGUGAUGGUGAAGCUGCCCCAGAUCCUAAAGCUGAUGAGAGCCAAGAGUGCUGAAGGACUGAGCUUCAACUCGGUGCUGCUGGAGCUGCUGGCUAUCACUGGAACAAUGAUCUACAGCAUCACCCACAGAUUCCCCUUCAGUGCCUGGGGGGAGGCCCUGUUCCUCAUGCUGCAGACGCUGGCCAUAGGCUUCCUCAUCCAGCAGUAUGGAGGAAGACUGGGCAGAGGUCUCCUGUUUCUGGUUGUGUAUUUCAGCCUGCUGGCCCUCCUCCUGUCCCCCCUCACCCCUUUGACAGUGGUCAUCUCCAUGCAGGCCCUCAACAUGCCAGCCAUCGUCAUUGGCAGACUGAUCCAGGCGGCCACCAACUUCCACAAUGGCCACACGGGCCAGCUCUCUGCCGUCUCCGUCCUCCUGCUGUUCGCUGGCUCUCUGGCUCGUAUCUUCACCUCCGUCCAGACUAUGGCCUUUACCUGCCGCAAACCUCCUUCAUGUGGCCAGUAG